GUUAGCAGUAGGGCCAAUAAGAGUAAAAUAAGAAGAAGAACAAAAAGUUAUUCAUAUAUUUUAAAAAGUUACAAAGUUUCAAUGCUAGUUGAAUUUUAAUAAUUUUAAAAUGUUCCGUUCAACUUUGCAUGUCGCUAAACGAAAUAUAUCCUCUAUUAAGAAUGGUAUUGUUACUGAAGCUGUGGGUCAAAUAGUUACAAUAGGUUUAAAUAGACCUGAAAAACGAAACUGUAUUGACACUGACACUGCAGUCAAAUUAAAUAAAGCAAUAAAUGAGUUUGAAGAAGAUGACUCUUCUCUUGUGGCUGUGUUAUAUGGUGUAGGAGGCAAUUUUUGUUCAGGAUAUGACUUGAGUGAAUUGUCUCAAGCAGACUUAGACAAUGAAGACCUCAUUUCACAAAUGAUGAUGGUUCCUAGAAUAAAACAUACCCAAAAGCCUAUGGUGGCAGCAUUAAGUGGAUUUACCAUUGCUGGAGGCAUGGAAUUGGCUCUGCUUUGUGAUUUGAGAGUAAUGGAAGAUACUGCAGUAAUGGGUUUUUACGGACGAAGAUUUGGUGUACCAUUAGUGGAUGGAGCAACAGUGAGACUACCAGCCAUGGUUGGUUUAUCCAAAGCAUUAGAUCUCAUAUUAACAGGGAGAACUUUAAAUGCGAAAGAGGCUUUUGAAUGGGGACUGGCGAAUAGAAUUGUUGCUUGUGGAACAAGUUUAGGGCAGGCUAUACAGCUCGCAACUUCCUUGGUAAAAUUUCCACAAAGGUGCCUCAAGUCGGACCGAAAAUCAAUCUAUAAUUCUGCUUUUAUUCAAAUUUUUGAUGAACUUCUAGAAUUUGAAAAGAAAAAUGCAAAUAAGUUAGAUAAAUCAUCCAUUAUUGUGGGUGCCAAAAAAUUUAUGAGUGGUAUUGGAAAACAUGGAAAAGCUUACAAUCUGAGUGAAAAACAAAAGUAUGACUGGGAAAAAGAAUUUGAUGAUACCUUUAAAAAUAAAUUAUAACUAAUUGUGAUAAAAUAAA